CGCGCACGAGGAGCGGGGCGGCGCGCGCACGAGGAGCGGGGCGGCGCGCGCACGAGGAGCGGUCAGCGCGUCGUGUUGACGGUUCCGCUCUUCACGCUCCGGUUGGUCGGCGACUCGCAUCUGAACAAGUGGUUUGUUUUCACCAAGCUGGAGAGCGGAGCGCCAUGUUCACAGAAGUGCUAGUGGCGCUGGCGAUAGGAGGGCUGAUCUUCUUCCUGGUUCAGAAGAGCCGAACCCCGGUUCUGAAGACGGAGGAUGGCUGGUGGGGGGCCGGCGCGCCCCCUGACGGCGUGGAGGACAUCAGCAUUCGCCCCUUCAAAGUCACCACCAGCGACGAGGAGCUGGAGGACCUGAACAGGAGGAUAGACCAGACUCGCCCCACCCCCUCCCUAGAAGACAGCCAGUUUAACUAUGGCUUCAACUCCCAGUACCUGCAGGAGGUGGUGUCCUACUGGCGGAAUGACUUUGACUGGAGGAGGCAAGUGGACAAGCUCAACCGGUACUCUCAUUUCAAAACCAACAUCGAAGGCAUUGAUGUCCAUUACCUGCACGUGAAGCCCAGGAACGUGCCAGAGGGGUCCACCGCCGUUCCCCUGAUAAUGGUCCACGGCUGGCCCGGCUCCUUCUAUGAGUUCUAUGGGCUGAUCCCUCUGCUCACAGAACCGUCGGACCCUCAGGAUCUUGUGUUCGAGGUGGUGUGUCCCUCCAUACCAGGGUACGGUUUUUCAGAAGCACCACACAAGAAAGGUUUUGAUUCGGUUUGCGCGGCGCGCAUCUUCCAUAAACUGAUGAAGCGCCUGGGCUUCCACAAGUUCUAUGCCCAUGGAGGAGACUGGGGCUGGCUGGUCACCACCAACAUGGCUCAGCUGCAGCCCGGGGUAGUCAAAGGGCUGCACGUGAACUUUGCCCCCAACUCCAGACCCGGCCUGUCCAUGGUGCUCUCCGUCAUGCUGGGCCGUCGCUUCCCUAAGAUGUUCGGCUUCACUGACUUUGACGUUCGGCGUCUCUUUCCCUGCGUGGACAAACUGGUGGUGGAGGCCGUCAAAGAGACUGGCUACAUGCACAUCCAGGCCACCAAGCCUGACACCGCGGGUCGAGGGCUCAAUGACUCCCCGGUGGGCCUGGCUGCGUACAUCUUGGAGAAGUUCUCGACGUGGACGAGCCCCGACUUCAGGAACCUGGAGGACGGAGGACUCACCAGGAAGUUCUCUCUGGAUGACCUGCUGACCAAUGUGAUGAUCUACUGGACGUCUGGCUGCAUCGUCUCCUCCAUGAGGUUCUACAAGGAAAACUUUGGCCGAGGCCUCAACCAGCCUCAUUCUAGGGUUCCCGUCUACGUCCCCACUGGCUACGCCUGCUUCCCCAACGAGCUCAUGCACACCCCCAAACUCUGGGUGGAGCACAAGUACCGCAAACUGCUGACGUACUCGCCCAUGGCCCGCGGCGGCCAUUUUGCUGCCAUGGAGGAGCCGCGGCUGAUGGCCGAGGACAUCCAGAACUUCACGAAGACGGUGGAGAAGAAGAAGAAGUAGUCAGUACAGCACGAAGUAGAUGCAGAAGAUGCUCCUUCUAGUGGAACUCCUAAUCACACGUACUGGAUUAUAACACCUUAAAAAUCAUAGUGUGGGAAUUCUAAUAAACAUCUUCUUGUGAUGAGUAUAAAGUAUUCUGAUAUAUUAGACAAGACACUAAAAUACUUUGGUAUAAGCCACUGUGAAUAUUUGGGACUAUACAAAUGAUUAGUAUAGUUGAUUACAUAAUAGUUCUACUAUUGUAGAAAGUGGCCCAGAAAGCUGAAGCGUAAAUGUAUGUCAAUAGAAACCAGUCAGCUACCGAAUAAAAGCAAAGCCUGACAGUUCAGCAUUUGGAAUUCAUUUCAUGUUCAUUUCAUUUUAGGAGAAGCCGCCGUUGGCAACAUAACUGUAGAAGAACCAUGAAACGAAAAGUAGAACAGAAAUCAAAAUAAAGUGAUGAAAUAUAACGUUUAAAAUACAUUUACAAUGUGUCUUUCGGCAAAGUUGUUCAUACAUUUUGUGAAAUUAAACAAAAUCUUGAAUGAA